UUUUAUAGUAGCAGCAGCGUAGAUAAAUACCUCUCCCUCGGACACCACCAACAUCACCACGGCCUUGCAAUAACAAUGGAGACAGCGGAGGUGGAGCUGAACGACUCUCAGUCUCAAAUUAAAAAUGGAGAAGCUCUUAGCAUCUUUGGAAAAACCAACCGUCAUGUUACUCUCAAGUUCGAAGAUGUGGCCUACAAGAUCAACAUAGAGAAAAGUGGGGUUUUGAGUAGGUGUUGUGGUCCCUGCAGAUCAAAGGCCAACAGUGAGAAGAUGAUCUUGAAAGGCGUCACAGGUGCAGUGUUCCCAGGGGAGAUGCUUGCCAUGUUGGGACCAUCAGGCAGCGGCAAAACGACUCUCCUCACUGCCUUAGGAGGCCGACUUGGUGGAAAACUGUCAGGCACUAUAACAUACAAUGGCAAGCCCUUUACAAAUGCCAUGAAGCGUGAUACAGGUUUUGUGACCCAAGAUGAUAUCCUCUACCCACACCUUACAGUUACUGAAACCUUAGUUUUCACUGCACUCUUGAGGCUUCCAAAUACAAUUAGUAAAGAAGAAAAACAAGGUGUAGCUAGAUUGGUCAUUAGUCAGCUUGGCCUCACAAGGUGCAAGGACAGCAUUGUAGGAGGAAAAACCGUGAGGGGAGUUUCAGGAGGAGAGAGGAAGAGGGUGAGUAUUGGACAAGAGAUACUAAUAAAUCCUACCCUUCUCUUCCUUGACGAGCCUACUUCGGGUCUAGACUCGACCACAGCUCAGACAAUUGUGUCGAUGUUGUGGGAACUGGCAGAAAAUGGGAAGACAGUGGUCAUGACCAUACACCAGCCUUCUAGCAGGAUAUUUUAUAUGUUUCACAAGGUUCUACUUCUGUCGGAAGGGAACCUUAUCUAUUUCGGAAAGGGAUCUGAAGCUUUGGAUUAUUUCUUGAGUAUUGGUCAUGCUCCAUCAGUUACAAUGAAUCCUGCUGAUUUCCUCCUUGAUCUUGCAAAUGGUAUAUCUACAGGUGAUACAGGGGAGGAUCGAGGGUCAUUGAAGCAAACCUUAGUUUCUGCCUAUAAAGGAAACCUCACUGAUAAGGUGGAGAAGGAAGUUAAAGGAAUCAACUAUCAAAGUAUUGAUAGCAUGAAUGAUAAGAAAAUAGGACCAUGGACUACAAAUUGGUGGCAACAAUUUACAGUUUUACUAAAAAGGGGAGUGAAAGAAAGGAGACAUGAGGUCUUCUCCAUCCCCAAGAUCAUUCAGGUCAUUGUUGUGGCUUUACUCGCAGGUCUCUUAUGGUGGCAAUCCUCCAUUGCUCACUUACAAGAUCAGACUGGGCUUCUUUUCUUCUACUCUGGAUUUUGGGGCUUCUUUCCCGUCUUUCAAGCUAUCUUUACAUUCCCUCAAGAGCGUGCAAUGCUGAUGAAGGAGAGGUCUUCAGGCAUGUACAAGCUUUCAUCUUACUUCAUGGCUACGAUGGCUGGGGACAUGCCUAUGGAGCUUGUACUCCCAACCGUCUUUGUUACUAUAACGUAUUGGAUGGGAGGGUUGAGGCCCACAGCUUCCAACUACUUUAAGACCCUCUUCGUGCUCCUCUUCAGUGUCUUAUCCUCUCAAGGCCUUGGGCUCGCCAUUGGGGCUAUUGUCAUGAAGCUCAAGGCUGCAACAACACUCGGCUCUGUCAUAAUGCUCUCAUUUGUCCUUGCAGGUGGAUACUAUGUGCAACAUGUCCCAAUCUUCAUCGCAUGGAUAAAGUACAUCUCCCUUAGCCAUCACACGUACAAGCUCUUGUUAUGUUCCCAAUUCAGUAUGGAUGAGAUGUACCCAUGCGGACCUAAUGUAACAUGUGCAGUUGCAGAUUUCCCAUCGAUUAAGCAUGUAGGGCUUGAUCAUAAAGAAAUCUCAGUCAUGGCAAUGUUUGCAAUGCUUGUGGGCUACCGCUUGAUUGCUUAUCUGGCCUUGAUGAGGGUUGGCGUCACGCCUUCUAAGAAAUGAACACACUAGUCUAGUCGCUUAGCCUCUCUAUACUAAAACAUCUGGUUUGGUGGUGAGUUUUAAAAUGAGCAUA